AUGGAACGUUACUUGAAGGAAGAGCCGAUGGUGUCGUCGUCGCCCACGCGGUCCGAGUCCCCGUGGCUUACCACGUGGUCGACGAGGGUGGAGGUCGAGGUGGGCCUGGACUGCGCGAGCAGCGUGACGUCCAACAGCAGUUCGCCGUCGACCUGUUGGUCCGGUUUCGCCACGCCGCCGCCCAGUCCGCCGGACGAGACGGACGCGUCGUCAUCCGCGGCGUCGGCGUCGACGUCUCUGCAGCAGCAAUCUUCUUCUUCCACCGCGGCCACCGCCGCCGCGGCCGCCGCCGCCGCUGCAGCCGCGGCCACAGCCGCCGCCGCCACCAUAACGGCUUCGGCCGCCCGGACUUCCCUCGCCGCACGAAAUUCCGCCGCCGCCGCCGCCGCCGCCAACGCGGUCGUUUCCGUGGCCACUUCCACCUCCGCAAGCGUCGCGGCCGCGCACCCCGGAGCCGUCGGGUCCGCCGCGACCACCACCGCCGGCCUGCUGAAGAUCACCGUAGCGUCGCCGUCCGCCAUUAUCGCGGGCACCACCACCAGCAACGCGAGCACCAACACCGCCGCCGUCGGCGGUCGGACCGCGGGCGCCGCGACGUCGACGCAACACGAGACCGCCGUCGCCGGCACGCAGAACAAUAUCAUGCCGGUCCAGGUGUCCGUCACUGCCGCCGCCGCCGCGGCCGGCGGUGCCGCGUUCCAUCCGCGACUCCAUCUGUCGCCCGACGCCACCAAGAAGAUACACAAGUGCAAGUAUCCCGGCUGCGAGAAGGUGUACACGAAGAGCUCGCAUUUGAAAGCCCAUCUCAGGACGCAUACCGGUAAGUCUCCGCGUACAAACUAUUGUCGUAAUAUCGUAACGGUCGCCGUUCUCGAAUUUUUUUUUCCCCGGGAAAUAAUAUCCGAAAAAAAUUGUCCGGGGAAAAAACGUCCGGAGGUAAACGAUUGUAAUGCUUCUGUGAAUAACGCAAUAAAUACAAUUUCAGUAUACCGACCGACCGACUAGAUCGCGGUGGCCGCGUAAAGUAAAUUUACCGUAUUAUUACGCAUAAAUGUCGUCGAGUGCUGAUACGGAAACGCAAUAGACAUUUGUACGCGACGUAUAAAUAAAAUUUUUAAACUGUGCUACUACUCUUCGUGAUAUCGGUUCACAAAUAAAACCGAUAGAAAUUCUAAAUAUCAUUGUAAAUGUCCAAUGAAAAUCCGUUCCAUCGAUACACCGUACGAUUGGUUCGUACAGCGUUACAAUUGGCCGGACAUGUUUACUACCGGACGUUUUUCCGUCGGACAUUUAUACCCACGGCCGUGCGGGAUACAGACCAUUUAGUUCUCUUGGCAGAGCCCGUUAGAAUUCCGACGUUUCUGGAAUGGUAAAUUCCCGUUGAAAAAUUAUCGUCAAUAUUCGCGGAGGCCGCGACAGUGAUAAUGACGACGGGGAAAGGCUUGGAAGGGGCGGUGUUUCCGGGGCGCGCGGGUUUUCCGACCGCGCGGCGUCCCUAGGCCGGCGCCGCGUAAUUCGGUUCGCGUCCCGGGAACAAGGGUACUCGGGACGGGCGUCCGGGGGGCUCGAGCACGUCCCGCACGCGCGCAGCAAUCGCCGCAGGUAAAUUUCGACCGUAUCGCGUGUACCCUGAAUAUACGUGCGCGGUUGUCGAUGAGUUUUCCUUUUUUAUUAUUUUUUUUUUUUUUGUUCAUUUUCCCUCCUUCUCCUCACUUGACCCAACCCCCCGCCCCCCCAAUCCCCCCCCCCCCCCUUCAGCAGACCGACCCGUGGACGUUUUCUUUACACUUUUAAUCCCGGACGCAUCCGCGCGCGCGCGUGCGUGUAAACCGUGCGACGGCGGUUCGUCGAAUCCCACGCGAUUUUUUAAUUCCUCUCCCGUGUACCCCGGCUGACGUUUGCCCGUAUUGAAAUUUCACUCUGACGAGAGAACGAUUGAGAUAUUUUUUAUUUUGCAUUUUUCCCGGAUUCCGUUUUUUUUUAUUUUUAAAAAACGAAUUACACGGUAUACACGAACGCGUACCGCCGUACACGUCGUCGCUGGUUUUUUUUUUUUUUUUUUUAAUUAAAUGUCCCCUGCACUCGUCGUCCUUGUUAUCGCGUACUCCGGCCGCGGUUCGGUUUUACUCAUUUCGCGACCGGAAUAGAGUUUCUAUUUCAAAACGAUUUUGGACGAAUUUUGUUAUGCACGACACUCGUCCCGCCCGUAUACGUUCGGACGCGCACGAAUUGCCUCCCGUGAAUUUUUUUUUUUUUAAAAUUUCACUCGAAUUGCCUCUGAUUUUAGAUGGUAACAAUCUUGUAUCGGAUUCGAUAAUAUAAAAAGAAAAUAAAAUAAAAAACCGAACCUAUUUAAUUCUGUUUCCGCCGCGUCGAGUGGAAAUUUUCUCGCGCUUUUACACCGGGCCGCGCGUAGAAUAUCCCGGGGCCAUUAGACCCGGGUGAAAUAUCGCGAGCCGGUUGACGCGGAUACGGACACGAAGACGAGUGUCGCGUAACCGACUUACGCGGAAUCGUUCCGUCGGAGUGCGCGUCACAUUAAGAGGAGGCCGUCGCGUUAAACGCGAACAUUAAGCCGUGAGUUUAAAACGUCACUGAAACAUUUCCGUUUCACCUCGUCGCUGGUGCCAUGCGAGAGGUUUUCAACCUAAUUGCGGGGAGAGAGAGAGAGAGAGCGAGACGGUGAGAGGGUGAGAAAAUAAGGAAAUUUCCCGGAGCCUAUAGAACACUGCGGCAGAUUUUUCUUUCGGCCGGUUAACGGGUAGUUUUUUACAAACGCUUUAAAACUUUCCGUUUUAUAUGCACGUUUUUUUUUUUUUUUUACUACUCCUUCCGCCGGACACGCGAUAAUUGACAGCAAUAACAAUAUAAUGUACGUGUAUGUUUAUAUUCGUGUACACAGGCGACGGUACAGCGCGCGUUAACACUGCAUACGUUAUCGGGAUGGUUUUUAUUAUUAUUAUUAUUAUUAUUACAAAUUUUUAAUACUAAAGCUGCUUUUUUUUUUUUUUCCGGUCCAUUAGUUUCGUUAUCGACUAUAGCAGCCGGGAGUAUAGCGCGCGCAAUAAACGUUUAAAACUUUGCGGAAAUUUCGCAAUAAUUCCGUGAAAAUUCCCGUAUUUCCGCGAGACUUUUACGCGCGAACGAGGUAGUCGACGACGACAGUAAAAAAAAAUGGGAAAAAAAAAAAUAAAAAAAAAAAAAAUGUUUGAAAUAUUAUUGCGAUUAUUCUCGUGAUUUUUCAGCGCGAUAUCGUUAUUGUUUUACGGCGGUUACUUUGAUGAUUUUUUUCAAACUCGAAACAGCUAUUGUUUUCGCCGGCAUAGCCGCUUAUAACGUUAUCGUUAUUAUUAUUAUUAUGUUAAUGAAUUUGACGUCAAAUUAAAAAUUUAACUUAAUUGUUAUAUACGCCGCGGUCGGCGGAAAAAAAAAAUCGUUGAAAACGUAACAAGUAUUGUGUUUUUACGAAAGCGAUCCACGGUCUAUUGAUAUGUGUAUAUAUAUAUAUAUAUAUUAUAAGUAUAUUGUAUUGUGGUUUUUUUUUAUUUUUAUUUUUUUAUUUCGUAUUCGAAAAAUUAGGAUUAAUGAGUUUUAACUCCGGCGGGGGGUUGAUUAUAAUUUAUGAAUUACGUCCGCGAUACCUAACCUACCUGUGUACAGCGUUAUAAUUUAUUUAUCGUAAUAUUCUCGAGUCGCGCCGUGUAAAUACGACAAUGAUAAGUAAUCGUUAACGGUGGGAGGGGGUGAGGAGGAAAGAACCGUAGGCAGCCAUAACGAUGAUAUUAUAACGGCCGUGCAGAUAUUUCGGCGCAAAGUUUUAAUUAAUUUUUAUCGUAAUAAUAAUAUUGCGUUUUGCAGAAUAUUAUAAAACAAGAGGGCGAUUAAUUUGCGUACGGUGUUUUCUUACGUUAUUAUUACUAUGCUUACGUCUUUAUACGAUAUCCGCGGGUUUAUUAUACUCAUAUAAAGGGCGGACAAUACGCUCAAGGGCGCCCGCAGAAAUAUAAACCGGGAAGGGGGGGGGGUUAAAGUCAAAAGUAUAAGCUUUUUUUUUACAACUUACAACUUACAAGUAAUCAUAGCUUAAAUAUUUAAACCACACAAGCAAUCAAACAAUUAAUGUUUAAUAUUGACUAAAAUAUCGUAGAACGCCAUGGCUCCACCAUUUAGGAGACCUAUAGCUCUGACAUGAGUAUCUAAGAAUUUUUAACUGGAGCGAAUUUUCGCAAAUAAAUAUCGUAAAAUGGUCUUCUCUACCCGAUUCGACUAUGGUAAUUGGUAAUAUAAAAGCCGAGUUUAAAAAAAAAAAAAACAAAAGUCAAAUCAAUAUAAAAUAAUAUACAUCGAGCUUAUCUCCUUGUAACCUGGCCGAAAUUGCAUUUCGAAAUUAAAUUACGUACUUAUCUUUUUUUUGUGUUUUGAGCCAGUGGUGUGAAGGAAUAUAACCCCUAACCUGCGUACACCAUUACUGACACGUUACAUUUGACCAUCCUUAUUUUUGGGGAUGAACCGCCCGUCUUGUAGCUUAGGUAGGGGGAGAGUAGCGAAUUAUUGUACAAACACCGCGCGCUGUUCCGCCACAAUAAUGAUGCGCCGCUACUAUCUCCCCAUCCAAACUCAAGAGUAGAAUAUCUCGUCGACGUGUUGACGGUAAAUCAAACAUUUGAACAUCCAAAUACUCCGUCUAUUUACGGAAUUUUCAAUGUAGGCGGCCGUUUGAAAAUCGAAAACACACGGUCGGUUUACCGCCGAAAAUAACGAGGGCAAAAAAUGCAACGUUUUAGAACUGCAGCGGUUAGCACCCCGUAUAUUACAUAAUAUAUUAUACUUUUAUGUACACCAGCGGUUCUCGACCUUUUUUAUUCUACGCCCGCCCCCCCUGUAAAUUUUCAAAAAUCUCAUACCCCUCCACCCCUUACAUUGGAUUAGACUAUUGGAGUUAAGACGGACUUUUUUUUUUUUUUCAGCGAGCCGUACAUUUAAAUUUUUCAAAACACCUAUAUAUUACGCAUUGCAUACGACUAAAAUUAAUUUAUUGUAUUCAAUUUUCUACCGGUUGUAAAUCGCAUAAUCGUUUCAACAACGAAAUUCUCGUUAUUUCAUCAUCGCUCUGUAUUCUCCCCGCGCAGUAUCUCGAUUGCCCCCCCCCAGCUGUCCUUCGGUCGUCGUACGGCGUGUGCACGGCGUACGCGUAUACAUUAUUAUACCGUCGUGCGCGUGUAUACAGUGUAUACUAUACACAUAAGUAAGUAAGUAAGUAAGUAAAUAAGUAAGUAUAAGUAAGUUAUACGAUACACAGUGUUGCGGCGGCGACGGCGGUAGUAUUAAAGUGGCGGUAGCUGCGGCGGCGGCGGUACGCGGUAUACAUCGGUGUAUAGGUAUAUGUAGUGACGGUUGACCGGACCUUUUCAAAAAUAAAUCUCUCGACGGGAAUCCCGUCUUAAAAGAGUGCGCGGGGGCCUCUCGCGGACCGGCGGCGGCGGAGGCGGCGCGCGGUGUGCCUGCCCGUAACGCGCGGUACACUCGGACCGUGCACGCCGUCGGAGGGGUGCGACGGAGCAGUACAUAAGGGGGCGAAGCGAAGGGACUAUAUAUUGAUCGGUCGGCGAGAGAGAAUACGACCGAGUCGAGUGUAUAUACAAUAUGUGUGUGUGUGUGUGUGUGUGUGUGUGUGUAUGUGUGUGGGUGGGUGUACUACGGUACCUAUUAUAUAGAGGUAUUAUAUAGAGUGUUGGUAUUAGUGGAAACAGCGGUCGGACGGCUGACCGGCCGGGUUCGGCUCCGGUAUCGUUUGUCGCGAAAUAUAUUCCGGUGAGGGGGGGGAAGGGGUGGAUGAAAGAGAAGAACGAGCGCGGCGUUCAGACGAUGCGAUCCGACCGCGUACCCGCGGAAACGCAGAACGGGGUACGGAGACGGUAUCCUCCGACGGUAUUCGGCGGAAAACGGAUGCGGCUCAAUCCGGUGACACGGUUGGCGGGAGUGGGGGCGGUGAGCUAAGUCGUAUUUUUCGAAAAAAUAAACCGUGCAAGACGAAAAUCGCGUUUUCGUAGUUUUUAUAUGGUGUAUUAGUCGACUACACAGGCCGAGCCCGGAGUAGGAUGAUAAUAUUCAAAUCGAUAAAAUGGGCGAUCGCGUUUAAAAGUUAAAAAAAAUAGCGAGAGAGAUGAGAGAGUAAUCAUAGAAAAAGACGGCGGAAUUAUAGUGGAAUGGUGGAGAAGACAGUCGACAGAGAUUCGAGGUAAAAGAGAAGAAGAAUCUAUAUUUUUCCGGAGACGAGAUUAGAUUUUUCAUAUUUUAUAGAUCGUUUCAUACGGUUUGAUGUGGUAUACGAAAAAACUGCGAUAAAAAAAAAUAAAAAAAUAGAAGUGAAACUUCAAUGCCUCGGACGAUCAUGCGGUACCCGGAAAAAACACAACAAUAACGCCGGGGGCGAAACGGGUCGGGAGAAGGAGUCGCGAAAGUCGUCCCUAAGCUCUUUGGACGAACGAUUGAGUUUUGAACGUCCGUUAUCGACCGUAUUAAUAGCGUACCGAAAUCGUUUUGGUUUCGGGCCCAAUCCUGUAGAUAAUUUAGCAUUUGAUAUUUCUGGUCAAAAGGCAUGUUUCAAAUAGUACUCGCGGUUUUCGAACUAUCCGGAAAUCCCCGAUUUCGGGACCGGUUUUUCAAGAUGGCGGCCAACGUUUUUUUUUACAUCGGGCUCGCACUUAGGCAACUCAAACCAUUCCCGGUUUAUCAAUUUCUCGUUCAAACUUAAUUUGACUGGCCCGUUGAAUCGUUCGUCCCACGCCGCCGUUCUGCGGAACCCGGAAACAGUGAGGUACGCGAAUAAUAACGCGACUCGUGACGCGAACUAUGUGUUCGAUUUUCAAGCGUUUCGGCCCGAAUAACAAAACGAAAAAUCGUAUCCGCGUAGAAUCAAACGAUCGAACGCAACAAGAAGGCGUUCAAAAAACACCGCGACUCGAAAAUUGCCGGAAUUUCGUCGAACUUUUAAUCGAACAGUGACGACGUCGAAAAUGACAGGCGGAACCGUCGUCGCGCGUGUGUAAAUGUUUCCGUUCGCAAACGCUUUCGCCCGAUUUACGAGUAAACUUCUAUAGCGAAUUCGACAAUUUCGAUCUCCACUCCGCGCGGGCGCCGAUUAAACAUAGGGAACGUUUCCGGCCGAAAGCGAGCGCGGCGGAAACGUUUCCUCGUACGGCAGAAACUAAUACGUUCCUCGAGCGGUCCCGGGGAUCUUUGAAAAAAAAAAAAAAUAAUAAUAAUAAUAAAAGAAAACGGUUUACGAUGGCGGAGCGCGAGUUGGACGCGGGUCCUCGACGCGGGUAAUGUUUCUGCGUCGCGCCUAAUCAACCGGCAAAACGGGCGCGCGAAUGCGACGUACAGGCGCGGGUACACAGGACCGUGGCGAACUUCGUUCCCUCUCCACCCCCCCCACCCACCACCACCGCGAUCGCGAUAAUUAUUUCGGGUUAUCGAUUUCGCUCGGCGCCGCGCGCGUUACGAAUACGAUAUUUAUUGCAAUUAGCCGGGCGGUCGAUAAAUAAUCAAACACGAGCCGAUUGUUGUGUCGCGCACGCCGUCCCAGCGUGUGGACAAUAUUAUAAUAACCGGCGGUAUAUUAUCGGGGUUCCGGGCGGGUAAACGAUAUUGCCCGGAUAAUAUUUACAACGCCGUAAAACUCGAACGAUCGGCGAAUCGGCGGCGAGGUGGUACGGGUUUUUUUUUUUUUUUUUUGGGGGGGGGGGUAGGAUCCGAAUUAAACGGCAAUCGGCUUGAAAAACGAAAAAAAAAAAAUAAUCGAAUUCAUAAUAAUAAUAAUAAUAAUAAUAACAGUUGUCAUUCGGUAAAUAAUGUUUUUUCGAUCGACUAUGUUAUACACGAGUGUUAUGUGUACGUAUAAACGCAUAGAUGUUACAGCGAAUAUUGCGAAUAUAAAUUUUUUACUUUUUUUAUUCGAAUCAUAAUAUUAAAUAUAUUUCACAUUAUUUAUUCGGCUUUCGUACUACAUUUUAAAAAUUCCGAAAAUCAUGAUUCGACUGUAAUGUACGGAAUUCAACCGAGAAAAUGGGCCGAGGACGCUUAAUGAACCGCCCUGUAUACGUACGUCGUCGAUUUCGUUUUCUCCGAUCUAUUUACGUGGGCGUAUUAAUAAUUGGCCGACUCGGUUUCGGUACGAUAACGCCAAAAAAAAAUAUGCGAAAUCAAAGUCCACCCGAACGACUCGGUCGAAAGUUUAUGCGGGGAUGGGUGGGGGUUGGAAGGAAGGAGGGGAUUCGAGACCCGGGUAAUCUCCCGUUUUACCCCUCCCGUCACACUCACCGGGCGUACAAUAACGGGGGGGGGGCCGUACGACCGCAGUGCCCGACGACGGUCCGCGGCUUGUUUACACAUAAUUCGCGUCUCGCAGUUGUGUCGCGACGACGCGGGCGAACAGUUUACCGGGCCGGACCCGUCGAUUAGAACGAAAUCGGCAUCCGGGCCGACGUUCGAAACGCCGCGCGCGUCCGCGGCCGGCGAGGUAUCAAACGGAACUCGGCGCGUGGGCGCUUCCGGUCGGCGGACGGCCCGAAAACAAUAGUCGCGAGCUUCCCCGCAAUUGAUAAUAUAAUAUACGACUAUACGGCUUUCGUAUAUUACACGCGAUAGGUAUACGCGCGCGUAUAUUAUGUAUGUACAAUAUAUAUGUGUGUGUGUGAGUGUAUACGUAUAGGACCCGGAGGCUGCGGUCGCGGAGGAGAUAUAAUGGAAGCCUAAAAAAAAAAAAACGUCCGUCAUAAUAAUAUUAUACCGAAAAACGGCCGGACGCGGGUAAUGUGUCCGCCGCGCGAGGACAAUGAUGCGGUGCGAGUGGAAAAUACUACGGCCGAAUACAAUAAAAAAAAAAAAAAAAUGGCCGAAGGAAAAUCCCCCGAAAUGCGGCGUCGGGAAAAAGGGUACGCUACCGUUUUAGAAGGGGGGUGGGGAGGAAGAGAGGAUUUCGUAUAAAGCACAAUUUAAUUUAUGUCUGCAGUAUACGCAAUAGUAGAAAGUCGUUUACGAUAAACGAUUCUGAGCGGGGUAUUCAUUAUGGACAGUGGAUUUUCCCGUUUUUGCCGAGGUGACCUGCGGAAAUAAACGAAAUUUAUACAAAAACACGUCAAGUUUUUCCGUUGACUAACAAAAUAGUAAGAAAAAUCACAAAAUAGCCUCCCCGACAACGCCGCACUGACUAGAUUAAAAAUGAUACGAUAAGUCUCUACGAAGUUUUUUGAUCAUAAGCGAUAUAUUUUUGGUAGACAAUUAAUAAUGUACAGACACACGCUACGGUAAACCCGAUACACUCCUCAGAAUCUAAUAUAUAUUUUAUAUUAUAAAUCGCUUCGUCUUGCGAUCUUGGCGUUCGGACGUGUUUGGGCCAUUUCGGUAAUAUUUCGGGUAUUUUUUCGACGGCCAUUUUCGAUUCGGCCGUUAUUACCAACUGCGUAACUCGGUGACGGCAGGGUAGUAAAAUCACUAUAACCUCGGGCUUUGCGACAGACGGCGAAGGGCUGACACGAGUUUUUUUAUAAAACGACACUUCGCAAACAGCGCGUGCGUAUAUCUCGUGAGCUUAUUCUGCGGCAAGCGUAACGCCCGAUUUCACACACGCGAUUCCCGGUGACAACGCAACGACGACAGACGGGUUACACUGUGUUCGUCAAGUCGAGUGAAACGAGAUCCCGCGACAGAGGGGUCGGGGCGAGACGGGAAAUGAUAUUGACAGGAAUGAUAUUAAACGUCACUCGGCGAAACCGUUUUUCCUCUCGCGUUAUAUUUUCAAGUAUAUACGCGACCGAAAUACUGCGGUAGAAGAAUUAGAAAAAAAUAAAAACUUCUCGGAUAGCAACAGAAUAAUAAUUUUGCGCAGACAACACCGCCGAUAACAAUACAGUGUUCGUAUCGCGUAAAUGUUACGCUGCAGUAUCACAGCGUUCGACGAGAAACAACAAUCAAAUAUUGCACGGAGUACAAUGAGUUUAACGAAAACAGCGAUUCGAUACGCUGGCGGUCGUCGCGAUGGUCACCGCAGCGCGAUGUUUAAAUCGUAGGGCACCGGAAACGGCGUAGCAUCGGUUUAUUGUUUUUUUUUUUUGUUUUUUUUUUUUACCGAUUGUUCACGCCGUUGUAAUUCGAUUAGAGUUACCGAUAACUACUGUGCGACGUCACGGUGAAUAUCGCGUCCGACUACGGGCGUACCGCGGUUAUCGUGCGCUCGUACGGGACAUUAUCGACAAUAGCCCGGACGAUAACACGAGAACGCGUUCGACGUUGCGGUACUGUGAUAAGACGUCUACAGCGCGUUUCCACAACACUCUGCGCACGGUACACGCAUAACGAAAAGAAACCGUGACGGCGGUGCCGAAUCGACGGGAAUCGCUGUGACGGCGUCACGUAGCGAUCGACGACCGUCGACGCGUCGCGAACCGACACAGUGCACGCGAACGCGAACGCGCACGCGUAGGUUUCGGUAGGUACGAUAAUGUCCGGUGAAUACACCGGACGGCGUGGUCCGGCCACGCCGCCGCGUCCGUCCGUUUUUCCUCGUUGCCGGAGCGGCGUGGCGGGGUAACCGUUAGCGGUGGCCGGCUCCGGCGUUUUAACGGUGCGCCCCAAUCGCCCGCCGACCACGGACGAAAAAUCGGAAUAUCUCGUUCGGCGGAACGACGGAAAUCAAAAAAGUGUCGAAACGCUACGAUCGCGGAGCGGCCCGUUUCUUAAACGUUCCCGGAAACGGAUUCCGGCGAGAGUCAAUGCGUUCCGCGACGGCGAGUGUACGCGCGAUCAAACGGAUCGCCGGGUAUUUUUCCGAGAGCCCGUUCCGCGAUAAUCUCGAGAGACUCCCGGGGGGUUUUACGGUUUGCCGCGUGGGCGCGGCAAUCUAAUUUCGCGCGGUACCUCGGUAAACCGUGAAUACCGUACCGCUGUUAUUUAUAUCGAUGUGCGAUUUCUCUCGACGCGGAGCUUCGCCACAGCAGACACAUUUAAUCGCGCGCACGUUGUCAAUCGGACAGCGGCGAUUUCGGCGCAACGUCGUCAUUGCGCGAUAGGGUUCGGACGCGUACCGCGCGUAGAGGCGCUUAUACACCGCGUUCGAAAACGUAAUAAACUAUCGUAUUACCGUUGGGAAUACCGUGCGUUUUUCAAGGGGACGUGAUAUUGUUGUUAUUAUCGGAACGCGAAUGUGCAAACGACGAAAAAGUCGCAAAAUUAAUAAUAAAAAAAAAAAAAAAAAAAACGCGCGUUUCGAUUAUCGCGAUCGGAUUACAAAAGACCGAAAAAAAAGGUUUCAGGAUAAUAUUUUACGGAACGUCUAUAGCCGACGAACAAUAUCAAUAUAACAACAUAAUUAUCGCGUUACGAAAAUAAUAUCUCCGGUCCCGAUUAAUCGUCGUCGAAUAAAAAAUAAUUAAAAUUCGCGUAAUUUUGUUUGGUUUUUUUUUUUUUUCUCUCUUUUCCGCCGUUUCUGUUUUACAUAAUUUAACAACGGACGUGUGACGCUCGCGCGGGGGACGACGGACCGUAGUUGUAGUGGUAGUAGUCGUUCGGAAAUAAAAUUAAGACCCGGGCGGCUUAUACAGUCGAUCGAAUUAAUGUCACGACCCCUUGUUUUCGGAAUCUUUCUCCGGGACCCCCGCGGCCGUCCCACCUCGCCCGCCCGUCGUCCCGCCGCAGACGUUACUCUUACGUACCGCGGCGGCGGCGGCGACGGCGAAAACACAUUUCGCCGUGCACACGCCGGCCGUUUCAUUGUUUGCCCGACCGGACCCCGGGGUCGUCCCCGGGCCGAAACUCUGCCCGGACGUUUAUUUCGCGCGAGUCAUUCCCAUUGUUAAAAUGUUUACGGACGCACUUCAGUUUAAUUUACCGAAUUUUUGUGUGUGUGUACACGUGUAGCGGCGGCGGAAAUAUAGUGCACGCGUUUUACGGACCAAUAUCUUUUCAAUCGUAAAAGUGGCGCGACGGUUCCGCACACAAUGGAAUCCAUUCCGUUCCGUCUGCGCUUGGGAUUCCGACGUCCGCCCCUCCGCACCAACCUCCCCCCCCGCCUCCCCGUCCGUCACCACCCCGCCGCGACGACCAUCGCCGCCACAUCGCGUUUUAUCCUACUCGCGCGGCGUGUCGUUUUAUGCGCAUUAUGCGCGCGUACCGCUCGCUGUAAUUCAACGCGGUUUAUACGGUUUUUCUCGGAAACGCCGGAAAAAAAAAAUUAAUUUUAACUUUUCUCCUUUGUAAUAUGCACACAUCGCAGUAAUGUACGGCUUCGGGCAUUGUGCAGAGCUUCGCGUUUCGCGUGGUUCGCGUUCUUUUUUUUUCCACGUAUUUUCACCGCGCGUAUUCACGUGAAUCACGCGCUGUCGCGGGCGGUAAAUUCACGCGCAUUAAAUAUACGCGAGUACACGUUCGUCAUUCGCGCGUGCGCGGACACUCCUUUUUCGCGCACUCGACAUCAUUGGCGUGCACACGGUGUUUGACUUUCGUUUAUUAAAUGUCCGGUGUCAACGGUAACCAGCGGAUAUUUAAAUAAACCGCGUUUUUCGUAGAGAAGAUAAAAUAAAAUAAAUUAUUUGUUAAUUGUAUAAAUUGAUUUACAAAAAAAAAAAAAAUCCUACAGAAUUCUAAACUCUGUCCAUUAAAUGUCGCGUACUUUGCGUGGCUCGGUAUUUCGGUCAUCAUAGUCUAGUGUUCUAUUUUAUUGACGGAUAGCGAAAUAAAAAUAGGCAAAAUUUAUUAUUAAAGUACAUGAAUACAGUGCCCGAAUUUAUUAAAUUUUAAUAUUCGUAAAAUAUAAUAUCACCGUGAAUUAAAUCGUACAGUUUUAGAAUGGUAAAUUAGGCUAAAGGGCGGGGUGGAGUGUGGGGGCUUUAUCCCCGCCACUCUGUCAAAUAACACCUAGACGGUGGAAGUCAAUCUCUAACAUCAAUGUUUGUCUCAUAAAAUAAAAAAGUUCACGCUGCCACUGUACUUGCGAAAUUUAUACGUUUUAUGUUGUAAUUCAAUUCGAAUUUUAAGUAAAAAUUGUAUUUUUUAACUAAACAGUCGGUGAAACAUUUCAAUGUGCGUGUGUGUGUACAUUUUAUUAGAGUUUUGCGAGCUUAAAUAUCUUUCGGAGGCGCUGGCGGCAUGACGUAUGUAAAACCCGAAUGCGAAAAUUGCACAGUUUCGAACGCGAAAAUUUUCGUAUUUAUGCGCGGAAAAAAAUUAUGAACUAUUUAUAGGGUUACUCUACGCCGCAAUUAUUUAUAAUAUAGUGACAGCCACACAAAACGGAUAACCGUACGGAUUAGUUUGAGUCGCUUUGGUAGUUAUAGCCGUAUGGUAUCUAGUAAUAUUGUCAAUAAUGAAACAUGUGAUAAUAACGAAAAAAAAAACCGCGAAAAAUCGGUUCGUUCGACGUCGACGGUGACGGGUCCCGAACCGGGAACACUACCUGUCCUAACCCAACGCCUGACCGACCUAGCCGCUAUGAUUGCUGACAUCAGACAUCGAAACUUUUCCGACGUGUGCCGAUAACCUCUCGUACGGAAUACUCGUUGGCUCGCUUCACGGAAACGCGAUGGACGAUCUAAUAGUCCAUUUCGGGGGUUGAAAAAAAUUGUACUUUCUCACGAAUCGAAAUUGUUCACACCGCCACUGGCCGUGGCGGACGUACCUAUUGCCUCCCAAAAUCGAUCCGUUUCUGUACAUUACGUCUGACGCAAACCUACGGCCGUUAGAGUAGGUUAGGUUAGGUUAGGUUGACCGGUCGUUUUCUCCGCAAUUGUCGGACCUCGGCUACAACCGUUUCGUAUGGGUCAGAUUCUAUCCUUUCAUAGGUCAGUCUUACAAAACGGUCGAUGGGACAGACGGGUUCGGGUGAAUACGACGCCGGACAAAACGUCGUACGUGCAAACAAUACAUUCUAUAGGUCAGGUGUUCUGAAACCCUGGCGGUCGAACUUACAAGUCUACACGUGAUACUUUAGUGACAUUCGAUGACUGCGUCUCGACAGAAAAUCCGGAUCCACACAAAGUCUGACUGGGUCCGGGAUUUCGAAGAUUUCUCCGCGAUGUCGAACUAAAUAUUUACUAAUUUUUUUUUUUUUUUUUCAGACAAUUUUCAAUUUAAAUCGAUAAUUGCCGUUCGUAUUUAUACGUUUGUUUUUUAGUAUAAAAUUGAAAAAAAAACGCAUACUUAAGGGAGGAGAAAUCUCGAAUUUUGAAAUCCGAAAUCAAAACCAUCAGAGUACUAAGUUCGAAAUAUACGGAUUUUCGUGGUUAAUCCGGAUUUAUGUCAAAUCACCAAUGUGUGCGCGUGGGUCGGCGUGUCUUUGAGUACAAAACCGCUGAAAGGCGAAACCGUUAACAGUCCUCCGUCCGUCCCCGAAACUCCCUAGAUUCGACGUAAGCCUCUCCCCCUCUCAAUUUAAUAAUAAAUAGAUACCAGUUACGUAUAUAAUAUAACGUACAGAUUAUACCGUCUCGCCGAUGCAUUAUACUAAUUUAUAUACUACGAUAUAAUGCUAUAUUAAUUAUUACCGAACGGUUUUCGCGAGAUGAUCGUCGAGGGGACGAAUCCGUCGUCGUUGAUUCUGUGCCAAAAUUUACCAUCACAAUCAAAAUGCGCUAUUUCAGAUUUCACCCCGAACAUAUAAUGCCUGAAAAAAAAGAACAAUUUAACGUUAAAAAAUGUCUAAAAUAACAAAAACGUUUUCGCUCGGACCAUUUUGUGGGGGGGGGGGGAAUUAUCCGAGUCAUGAUGAAAUCGAACAUAAAAUUCGCGAGAAUGUGUAUUAUCGUAAAUUUAUUUUGUGAAAGCAAUUCGGACAAAACCGGAAUACAAUGAAACAAGGUGAGUCGAAAACUCUGCGAACAAAUUCAAACAAUCUUUUUUUAUGUUUUAUAUUAAUACCUGUGGAUUUAUCGAAUGUUCGACAAAUUUCUAUAAAACGCAUAAACCAAGUCACAUCAAAAGAAAAAUCACAAGUGUAUAAAAACAAGAUCCAAUUAAUGAGUUUGCCACCGGUAGACUGGGGUUGAUUUUUUUUCCAUGCUCAUUAUUGAAUUUCCGUAAACAAACCUUCCCUAUAAAUCAGUGGCCCGGAUAAAAAAUCACGGACGUUAGAAGUUUUUUUUUCACCAAAACUCACCUUUUGUGUGCCCUGAAAAUAGUUAUGGCCACGCUCAUGGUCACUGAUUUACAAGUUACUGCUACAAGUUUAUGGAAAUAAAUCGAUCGAAAAAAAAUGAGCUACCCACUCUUCUUUAAUAUUAGCUGAUUGAUAUCAUAAGCCGCAGCUUAUUCAGCCUAUUGAUUUAACAUACUCUGUGUAAAAAUAAAGAAUGGGAUUACUGAUAAUUAAUUAAAUAAUAAUAAAAAAAAGAUAAAACUCUAGAGUUCGUUUUUUAGUAAAAAGUCGAUGUACUGUUCCCGGGUAGGCGUCUAUGGUGGCGGGUAGUCGGUUAGGUUAGAUAUGCAGGGUAAUGUAUGUAACGAUACGUUUUUGAAAAAGGAAACAAACGAUUCUGAGCGGAGUAGUAAUAUUUGUAGUAUCGGUUAUUAUAUUUAUAUAUUUAUUUUUUACGGUGCGAUGCGAAUAAUUUCCGGAGUCUUUUUACUAACCGAAAUAAAUUUUUCGAAAAAAAGAAAGAAAAAAAAAUCGAGAUGAACUGUUGAAAACUUUGAUAAAUGGUUCGAAUAAAGUUCAACCGGGCAGAAAUUUCGCGUCUUUUGAAAUACUCUAGAAAAAAACCAAAGCAUUUUUACCAACCGAAAAUGUGUUUUUCGAGAAGAAAAAAACACACACGAGCACGCACGCAUCAUAGUAAAACUAAAAGCUUAGAAAGCUUAGAUAAUAAUUUUGGUUUUAAAGUUUCAUAAAAUUGAUAUUUUUGCAAUAUUUCAUGAAAAAUUCUAUAAUAUAUUUCGUUUGAGUGAAAAACAAAAUCCUUUGUAUUUUAUUGAUUACAGUACCUAUUUCUUAUAGUAAUAAUUAAAUAAUUUAUAACCGAUAAAACGAUAAGCUGCCAUGAUUACGGAACUCAGCUAACGACUGUUAUCAGCACGCCGGUUUUUCGUUACCUAUACGUACAACGUUAUACCGAAGACCACAACCACUGUACCGAAACGAUAUCAUAAAACAUAAACUGAUUGGAUGACAUUUGAGUAUUUGACAAUAACUCUCUCAACCGUGAAAAUUUCAAGAUUUCACAAGGCACGACAGUUUCAACUUUGAAAUAUUUCAAAUUUACAACAACACUAAUCAUAAAUAAUACAUAUAUGAAAUAUACGUUGUUGUUUGACAUUUUUUUUUGUUUUUUUUUUUCAAUAUUAAUCGAACGAAUAUUUCCGCGGGGGCGUAAUAAUUUCGGUAUUUUAUAAUGCGUAUUAUUACAUCCGUCUUCUCCGCCUUAAUUAUUACUAUUGCGUUGGCUGUUUUGCAGGAACGACGCGCAUUAGCGAAAUUAAUUAAUCACCCGUUCGGGCGACGCGUACGAUAUUGUGUAUAGGUAUGUACCGCGUAUACCGUGUACAUACCGCGGUUUAUUUAUAUAUCGACGAGCGCCCGUCGCAAGAGCCCGGGCAACCGUGAAAUCGUGUACAAUAGUAAUAAUAAGCCAACCUAACCUGCACCGUCUCUCGGUGCGCCGAUCGCAAAAACUUCCAUCGACAGACGGCUUUUGUUGUUUCCGUGCUCUCACUGGCCGUCUCACUUUGUGUGUGUGUGUGUGUGUGUGUGUGUAUCUCUACCCCCCCCCGCUCAUUUCGCACUCUCUCUCACUCACUCUCUAUCUCUCUCUCUCUCUCUCUCUCUCUCGCUGUCCCUCUCGGCGCGGAAAACCGGAUACGCGUUUCUAUUGCGAAUUUAAUCGUUUCGCGUCGCAACAUCUCGCCCCGCGCCCCGCACUGUCGAUAGAGGGAGGGACGGUGGGGGGGGNGGGGGGGGGGGGGGUGUUCCGGAACAAUCGCGCGAAAACUUUUCCGCAAACGGGUUAAGCCGCGAUUCCCCCGCGAACUUCCGCCGCCACCGUCGCCCCCUAUUGUUUUUUUGGACGACUCCCAAGACCGCCGCGCCGACGUCGCGUAAAACGUAAUACGCGAGUGUACACACGCUGCGCCGCGCGGUACCGACCGGAAAUUAUCAUUAUCGUCAGUGACAAUGCACGUGAUAAUUCGGCCGUCUAUUCGUAUAAAACACGGGCUAUGUCUCAGUUCGCAAAUUUUACAGCAGAGCCUUUUUCAGUAAUUCAUUGUCAAACACGGUACUUAGCUACGGGACAUUGAAACGUCAAAGCGUAUAGCCCCGGGAAGAAUUCGAAUAUUUCAACCGACACUUUGGUAUCGAAAAAUCCGCGCGAUUCGAUCCCGUUCGGAAUAACAUCGAAACGCGAAAAUCGAUAGGAAUAUGCGCAUUCUACAGCGUUUUAUGAUUGGACGGCCUGGUCGUUUUAACGGCGACGACGACGGCCCGAAUACUUUCCGUUCCCCGACCCCGUGAUCCGCGUCCGCCUCGUCCGGAAACGGAAACGUUAUCGCCGAUAAACCGCAAUCGCGACGUUGUGUUUUGUUACGCCGCGUCGUCUGUGGUCCGUGGUCCACGAGUGUAUCGAAUUUUCGGAGUCCCAGACGAAAGACAAUCCAUGGGACCUGGAUAACCUAUCGAUAAUGAAAAUUUUGGAGGGAAACGUUUCAAAAACGUACAAACACGUGAUCCGUUUCCGUUCCGAAAUUUUUUCUCAUAGCAUUGCCCGACAUGCCGAGUUUAAAAACAUUUGUUAUUGAAAUCCUACUCUCCCGGCCCCUAGAAAACGUUAAAAACGAUAAAACGUCGAGUUAGCGUACACGACAAUACGAUAAUGCAUUGCACAUUACUCUGCAUAGAUUUGUACGUCUAGACGGAACAUUCGGCACCGAAACGCGUUCCGGGGUGUAUAGCGUUUCAUUUCUAGAACUGAAACACUCAAGAUGAUAAACGGAGCGUCUCGUUUGGUCGUCGUCGGAGCGCGAAUUCGGUUUCUCUUUCUCUCGCGAGUCUCAGGCUAUAGGGGUUUUUUUUUAUUUUUGUCGUAGCCCAUCUCUCUCGGUCCGUUCGGACCGACCGCGACUCCCGGUCCCCGGGGCGAAUGUUCCGGACAUCUGCGGGACGUAUGAAUCUACGGCACUAUUGUUGUAUACAAUGGGUUCGGAAUCAAUAACAUCCCGGUCCCGGUCGUAAUGUUAUUAUUACCGCCGCCGUCGCGUUAUCGCGUUCGGACGGUCGCCGUUUGAGUGAACUAAAAUAUCCCGCGGACGGGUCGGAUUAUUACCAUCGAACGAUUUGAUAUUAUAAUAUUAUUGCAAUUACUAUCGUUCUCAUCCGGUAGACAAGCCAAACUAAUACGGUCAAGUGUACCGCGUUUUCGUACCGACCAUUAUAUUAUUACUAUUGUUAUUAUUAACGGUCCCGAAGACAUUAUGUUCGAUUUUUGGCUUCGGGGCGCGCGUCAUUGUUUGCGUUUUCAACAAGCCUAAAUUGUUUUAAGCUCCUUAUCUAAACUACCGUUUGUCCGCUGUACACGCCACUGCUAUAUACAUACUACAGAGCCGGCAAAUUAGGGUGUAACGGUUUGUGUUCUCGUCGUUUUCGCCCCCGCAACGUCACACCGACCCGCCGCAGUUCGCGUAUAGAACGGUCCGAUAUUAUCGGAUAAUCGUAACCUGACCGGGCUGCAGCCACCGGGUGUGUAUUCGACCGUCUUCGCAACGGUCCGGGACGUCAAAAAAAAAAAAAAACGAAAAUCGUUAUUAUUCGAUAACCAAUUAGAGGCGUUUCGACGGCCGGAUGCCGGACGUCACGACGCGAUAAAGAGUACGCGUCUCUACGUGCUGCUCGUCCGAAGAGAUCGGGGAUUGAAAAUCGAAAAACCGAAAUGCACGGCCUUUACGAACUUUUUCCGGUCGCGCAAAAGUUUCGACCGGCCCGUAAUAAAACCGGGAAAAAAACCCCCUGCUCGCCAACUUCUGUUAAGUAUCCAUGCUCUACGGUAAUCCAUUGUUCGACCCGCUUUUAUUAUUCAUUAUCCAUCGCGGUGGCUAGACCGUAAUGUAUUUUCGCCGUGCGUCGUCGUGGCCGCAGACAUACGCUAUCUCAAAUCGCGGUUAAAACCGCGCGUCACCGAUGAACAUCUGCAGUUUAUAAUCCCAGAAUGGGAUUUAAUCCAUAUUAAAUCGGAAUGUACACCCAACGAAAAUUUAUGUUGGCUGCUGCGGCAGCCCGGUGGUAAUUUCAACUAAAAUGCAAUCGGUGUUAACGAAAAGUACGAUAAAAAAAACGAACUCGUCACGCUUAUUACAAAAUUAUACAAUCACAAACAUACCGAAAAGAGGAAACUGUAGCUCACCGUGGCCGUAUGCAACAUAAAUCAUAAAACGCAGAUUUUUAAACACGGCGGGCAACAGUGCAGUGGCGAGACGCGAUUUCAUCACGGACGGUUUGUUUCCGUUAAACGGUGACGACGGACGACGCGAUAUUUAAAAUCGGACUGAUAUGAAAAAAUAAAAAGACGUCCUCGUAACAUUGCUUCGGCGGCAACGUGAAAUAUAUUUUCAAAUAACACCCCGGACAUUUAACUUGUGCGAUCGCAGCUAAUUGCGGUUUGCUCGUUUGAGGUCGGAUCGAGGACAAUACACCACUUCUUUCGUCGGUCGCCCCUUUAAAAUUUUCGAAUUUAACCAUAAAUCGUGUUUUGCGGUUGUCGCGCGCGCGGUAACGUUAACGCGGUUUUCCACCGUCAGAGUGGACCGAAGUAGUAUUUUGACGGUAUUCUACCCCAAACCCCUGCCGCCAAUACGCAGUGAACCAGCUUACCUUGUAUGUAUACCGUAAUAGUGCCCGUUGCACUACGAUAACGGAGAUGCGUAUUGGAAGGCGAGUUAGAUUUUACAUGAUACCGAAUCGAAAUUAUUUCUUUUGGACCCCGUUGUGUUUUACAAUCUCGUCUUAUCUCUUUUUGUCUUAUCACUUUCUUUUUCGAUCUGAAUUGCGUAAACAUAUUAAGCACGUCCGACAUAUUUUAACUAAACAUUUAUGCGGAAUUGUCUCGGCACCUUCUUCCGUGUGAACCCAGGAUUAAUUGGCGGUUUUACACGGUUCUAACUCGUCAGCACGGUGAAUUUUCACUUUGCAAUAACCGUACGAUACUUUCGGGAUAAUUGGCCGCACUCGUAAAUAACGAAGAAAUUAAUUCCGCCGCUCGGUCAGAAGCCGACCCCCACACCUCUCCCACAGCUCCAGCACCCCGCGACACUUGUCUUUAAUAUAAUCAUACGUUUUGCACGUCGCUCGUUUUAAAAUGCAUUACAAUCGCGAACCCAAACGAUUUAUGAAAAAUAAAUCGUUCUGUCACGUAACUCGAUUUUUUACGAAUUUCGAGGCGAUAACGCGUAAUCGUGUCCCUCGGGAUCUCGGUUAACACACUAGGAGAAAAUCCUCGUUUUCUCGUUUUCACUGGAGAGAACCGUAUUCCGUUAAGCAAAGAUUAACCGUCGCGCACAGAUGUACUUUGAAUUCCGCUCUGUAUCGUAUAUACCUUCCCAAUUUUGGAUUCCGAGUGGAGCGAGAAAUGUAUUGGUUUAUUUUUUUAUUUUUUUUCUAGUACCUCUGCGGUUCGAUUAACUUUCGGAAAAAGCGCUAUCAAUGUAGAUCGGAACAUGUUUUCCGGUAGAAAAGUUGAGCAUGGAUAAAAUAUUAAAGAAAUUACUCUAAUAUAUCUCAUAUGUAUACAUAUUUAUCGAUAUGGAUGUAUUUAACGUGUAUAAACACGACGGAAACGGGACGGCGUCGCCGACGUCGGGCGCGCGCAGCGAAAACCACGGGGACGGACCGUUUUCCGUCUCGGUCGUACGGCAACGCGUUUGACCGUACGGGCACGCGUUUUCGAAAAAACGAUGUGAUAAUUAUUACUCGGUCCGCAGAAAACAAAAAAAAAAAAAAAAAACGCCGCGCGUAUUAUAUACGUAAUAAUAUAAUUUGGUUGUUUUAAAACUCGAGUGGUCUCCCGAGCGUAAUUAUUAUACGACUGCAAUACGGCGAGCAAAAAUCCUAAGCGAUGAGUUUCUAAAGAACCGCCGCGCGUUUGCACGGCCGUUAUUUACUGCGGCCCGGGGAUCGGGCACGCGGGCGUUGUAAAUACGUUGAAUUUUUUUUAUUUUGUUAUUCCGUUUCGUGUUUUUUCUGCUUUCCAGCGCUUGUUAUUAUUUCUUUUUAUUUCCCCCCGGAAACUAAUGCAAAAAGCCACCGACACCGCGACGGCGGCGUACGCGCCGCGCGCCGGGUCCCGGGUUGUUCAAAGGCGACGGCGGCGAUUGGUGGAGAGGGGGGAGGCAGUUGUUUGGGGCGGCGGCGGUUGCGGUUAUGAACUGUCCGAAAAGGUUUUAGAUACGGAGCGACGGCGGCGGCGGGACGACGGGCAACGUAAUCCCGUUUCAAAAACUUCUCCCCCCCCACCGCGACGCGGGCGCGCGGGGUCUAAUUAAAGGACAGCGGUACGGCCGGGCCGUAAAACGGACGCUGCGGCGGCGGAGACGGGCGGACCGCUGGCCGUCGCCGCCGCGACCCGGCCGCCCGGCUACCGGACAUAGCGGCGCGAGUGGUCGGUGAACGCGACGCGCGGUACAGCGUGAGGCCCAGUGACAUUUUGAUUGACGACAGAAGAACCACGCCGGUCAACUGUCAUUUUUCAUUCCCCCACCCCCUCCGCGCGCGCACCCGCGACGCGCUGUCAUUGUUGUUUCCCGAAAGUCCCGCGGUCGUGUCCUCCGGCUUAAGCUCGUCCGCGCUCCGACACGCGACGGCCGGGACGGUGGCCGGCGGGAAAUCGAGCCCGGCGAAACUCGCGCGUCACUCAUCUUCCGCGUGCCGGCGCGCACGCGCAUCGUUCCGUCGCGGGCGUCGCGUCAACGCGCGCGCUGACCGCGGCUGCCCGUCAUAAAUCACGCCGUAAUUAGGAUCGGUCGUUCCGCCGCCCGCCGGCGGAUGUGUAAUAUUCAAACGACGUGGCGCGGGGGGGGGNGGGGGGGGGGGGGGGGGGGGGGAACGGGACCGUUCGGUCCGGGUUUCGAAAACCGAAACCGGAAAUUCGGGAUCCGGCGAACAAAACGCGAACGGAACGGCCCCGGUGUCGGCGCCCGCACUCGACCCGUACUCGCCCCUUACUCGCCCGCCGUCGACUUUGCGACGGCGUAUUCCUGCGGCCCCGGCGUUUCACGCGCGUACGCGUCGAACGUUUCGACCCGCCCCGGCACAUCAUCUCUCUGCCUCCCCUCGUCGCCGCCGCGGUGUUGUCGCGAACGAAUUCCGGCGUUCCGAUCGGACACGAAUAUAAUUACAAACGCCGCUCGAAUACUGAUUUUCCGUCGGUCCCGUUCACGGCCGCCGCCGCCGUCGUUUAGUGUUGUUAACACGGCAUACAGAGCGUCCCGCCAAUACCGUACGACACGGCAGCGCCGUUCGAGUUUUGAUUUCCCCGCGCGUCAGACGCGUAUACCGUUGUCCCCCCGCCGUACUUGUACAGGUGCUCGGGGCGGUCCACUCCGGGGCCGAAUGACCUCGGACUCGGCAUUUUCGGCCGUUUCGUACGCGGAUCGGAGAGUGACCGUUGCGUUACUUAGGCGCGGGACGGUUAAUUUUGAGCAUCGGACGUCGCUACAGGCACCGCCGGUGAAUCCGGGCGGACCGCGCGAUUUCGAUUUUCUAUUAUCGCGUCGGUGUCGGGGAUAUGCGUACCGAUAGUUGGGGAUUUCGAAUUCCGAUCCCCGCGACAGGCUAAAAAUUAGCGUGAUUUUUUUUUUUCUCAAGUGUAAUUGCCGUUGUAUACGCUUAGUCGUGCGGAAAUUCGACCGCGACAUUGACGGAGUCGUGGCACGGGCGCGACUAGACCACUGGACUUCGGGGGCGCUACAAAUUACGGACGCGUCAAAAACCCACGGGGAUUACGUACCCGCAAUCCCUUUUACACGAUACGACAAACAACACUGGGCAUUAUUCAUUUACAAUUGAAUACGUGCACAUUUAUCAGAACUAUUUCAACAUUAUUUUUCGCGCGGAUCGCGGGUAGUGACGCUCGGCUCGCGGUUUCCGAGAAAACGCGCGUCCGGGGAUUGCGGGGUUCUUGCGUGAGUGUACGACGGGGACGGCGAGGACGGCGGACGCGUCGCCGAAAACGCCCGGCGCUGCGUCGAGUUUCCCCGGGGGUAACGGGACGCGCGCACAAAGGCGCCGCGGAACGAUCGUCGCGUACAUCGUAUUAUUAUUCGUUUUUCUUUCUUUUUUUUCCUUUCGUUCGCUUUUCUCGAUUCACCCUCCCUCGCCCCCUCCCCGCCGUCGCCCACCGCCGUUUUCUUCUCGAGAAAAGCGCAUUGUUCGGCGGCGGCGUCGGCGUUGUCGUUGAAAAGCGCAUAUAUAUAUAUACAUUACAUAUAUAUAUAUAUAUAUAUACACAUUAUAUAUAAUAACACACAAUAGUAACUCGCGGUAAUAUCGCGUAUCUCGCGUGCACGCGAGAAUCGCGGUUUUCUUGCGGGGGGGAAGGAGGAGGGGGGACGGCGGGACGGCAGGGCGGAAGAAAAGCGUGCGGCAGGGCGGGACAGAGUGAAUUUAACGAACAACAACAACAAUAUCAACGCGACGGCGGCGGUUGCGCACUCAUAAUAUUAUGUGAACGCCGUUUCGAGUUCUCGUCGAGUGCUCGUCUUCGGCGGCACCGUUAAGCACACGCGGUAAUUUAUAAUAAUACGUACUUACCUACGUGCGUCGUGUAACGUACACCGUGCUACGUCGUGUUUCGUCGCGAAAACAAUGCGCGGAUUCGGAACGGAGUGUAAGAAUAUUAUUCUUCUCUUAUCCGUCUACUCUCGCGGGUUUGUCGGGGACUCGUAGGACCGUCCCGUCUCGCAGCCGAGCUUCCGACCUCCCCCUUUGCAGUCUAACGCUCGACUCCUCCGGUCAGAACCUCUUCCCGCCGUAUUCGCGGUCUUCCCGGCGUUUUUUUCCCCGCUAGAUUCGUAACCGCGCGUAUCAGCGGUAUUUCGGUUUCCGCAAGCGUGUCCGGCCCGCCGCAGUCUUUCCCUCCUGGUGACUACUAACGUGUCCAAAUCACUAAACAACGUGUCCAGCUCCGCAUUUUUCCUUCUUCUCCGCACUCCCGUUAACCCGGUCGUUGACCGGACCGUAAGUUAUCCGCAAAACUCUCCUUUCAAAACCAGUACGUUUCCCAGCGGCCGCGUUUCACGUCCGUACGGUAUCACUGGUCACAUUGGCGAAGCGUAAUAUAACUGUUUUUUCGUGAUUCGAAGAUUCGUUAUUCGAACGGGACGGGCAGCAGGUGACGGCGGCGUGCUUUUAAUUAGCGGCGACGGUCCUUCGUUCCGCUUCCGAUUUCUCCGUACCCCGGCGACGGCCCUUUGGCCACGGACGGCCCACGCGUAGACGCGAAAUUAAAACGCGGAACACCCGCCCCCGCGCCGAACGGACCCGAGCGUACCGGUGUAUACACGCCCGUCUUUUAUAUUAUUAUUCUCGUCGAACCGUCGACGCCCACCCCCGUCCGCGGUUCCCGUUCGUCGUCCCGCAAACGCUCGUCAAAACCGCACGGCACUCCGGCCGCGUUUUCGCGGUCGCGGCGUUUUUCCUUUUUGUCACGUUUGCGCGCGCGCGGGGCCUUGACCGCCGCGCCGCCGGUAAUUAUCAAUCCCUUUUUCGCGCGCGGCCCUCCCUCUCGGCCGCGUUCGGAAAAUGGUAAUUAAUGGGCCCGCCGACCGACCGGCGCGGCGGCGGACUACUGCCGCGGUGGCGGCGGCGGCGGCGGCGAAGAGGAGAAGGGCGAAAAAAUCCCGGGGGUUGCCGCGUGAUUGAUGGCCCGACUGUGCGCGCCGUUUCUACCGCCGACGCGACGGAAAUAUUAAACGACGCGGCAUCGCGUAUGAAAACAUACGCGGCGAAUGCGAUUUUUACACGCGAAUCUCGUAUUCCGGCGAACAGCGGUUUCGGUCGGCGCGCGGCGGCGUCGUCGGCCGGGCCCAGAGAUAAGCGCGACGGCGUCGGGGAUCGCGGGAGAAAUGUUUUCGGUUUCGGGCGGUACGGUUCCGCCGCGUUCGUUCGCUACUCGGUCGCCGCGUAUACCGCAAACGCGUAAUUCGUAACUCGUAUUUUGCUCGGCGGUCGACGCGGUAUUAUUUCGUUGAUAGGUUUUGAUAAUGACAAACGAAUCGGUCAUACUACAUGGCCGGUGAUAUCCCUUGUGGGAGGCGAUGCGAACCACGGAAGAAAACCCUAUUCGGGCCGGCCGAGAAAUCGGACUAAUCGAAGCUAAAACGAAAAUUCACAUUACCUAGUAUGAACGUGUCGCGAAAUCCCGAGUGCAUUGCAAAUCUAAAAGUCGAGCACUCUGCGUGCGAGCGGGCAGAAGACUUCACGUACGAGGUACCUAUAGGAGUGAACGUCAACCGUAAAGGUAAUAUGCACAGCGAAGUACCACGGAGAAUUGACGUGGCCGACCGGACAUAUUUUGCAAUGAAUAAAAGCAUUGCCGUGUACGCUCGUGAGCCACGGUAAACAUUAAACAGUAGUAAAAUAGGUAGUAAAACAGUAGUAAUAUAGGUAUUAAGAAAUAUCGAUGGACCAACAAGGAACCCGAGCACGGGAUAGUACGAAAGAAGGAAAAGCGCAGAGUUAGAAAAGUUAUACGACACACCCGAGGAUCAGCAAUGUGUUGUACGCCGAACGGUUUGAAUGAGCUUCGAACGUGUGGCGAGCAGACGAGUAAAUCAUAAUGAAUGUGGUGUUGAGAAAUCCGGAAAUGGACGGGUUAAUGAACGAUAUUAGAGCGAUUGAUGAAUCCGAGAGUUUGGAACACUCGGAAGAUCGGGAAGACUGGAGAUGUUUCGUCGAAGCUGCUAAGAGCCUAUAAAAUGCUUGUGAAACACGAGAUAACGGGCCCCAGUGAGCUCUUGCGAGGGCCCAUGAUAAUAAUCGUUCCUUUACAAUAAAAAAAAAAAAAAAACAACAUCUUCAAUAAUAACACAUAAACACACAAAUACUGAAAGUAAAGUGUAUAAUUAAUUGAUUUAAUUGAUUAAAUGGCAUUAGGCGGUACUACUAGGUGUAGAAUGCGUUUACUCUGCCGCCUGUUGUGUUGGCCGAGUGGUCGAAUUUUUUCCGAACCCGUUAUAAACUCUAGUAUACGUGAUAUUCCUUGGGGAGACUGCGCGUUGUAAACGGUCGGACCGACGUACAAAAAUGGAAGUCUGAGUGGCGGUUUUUUUGAACUUUCGGCACAUUAACGGUAAUUUGCGCUCGGGCAGUGUUAAAAAUAUAGCAUAUUGAUUUGAAUAGAUUAUUGUUCGUUAACGUAAAAGCGGCACAGUGAUUUUUUUGACAAAUAGCACACGAUUGAAUUCGUUAUAAAGACCCUUGACGUGGUAAUCGCGUAUUUUAUUUAAUAUUAUCAUCGAAAUAUUAUUUUGGGCGCUUCGUAAAUGACGAAGAUUCAAUUUGCUCCGCUCCGUGCGAUUAUGCCGUAUGUUAAAUCUAUAUGAAACUGACGGAAAAGAGAAUUAUUAUUCCCCUAUUCGGGAAAUAUUCACGAAAAUAUUCUCGAGAACGUUCUCCAAAAAGAUUACGACGGUAAUCGCCUGGUUCGCGAAACGACGUUGUAUUUAUAUACUUUUCGUUCGUUUUGCGCCGUUAUUAUUUCAACAUUGAGGCGUAUUUGCCUGUUAUCGAACCUAUAGGAGCGAGAACAUUUUCAAUUUUUGUAAGCGGGUUUUAUUUUCGACGUCAUAAUUUUCAAGCGAGAUACGACGGUUUGGUUAAAAUUUAUCACGUUCGUAUACCUUCGGUAUUCCGUUCGAUUCCGGGCGGUUUUGCCGACGGGGCGGUGUAAAAAAAACGUUCGAAACGACUGCGUCGCCCCAAUAACACGGCCGACGUUGCGGUUUGAAAAGAGAAAAAAGGGCUCGCGAUUUCGAACACCGCGGGCUUUAAAUCGUCCAAAAAUAAUUUAUGUUAAUAACGCCGCGGCAGCACGCGGGGUUUUCGCGCGUUUACGGAGAUUAAAUAUUAAUAGGAUUUCGGAGACGGGGGGGGGGGGGAAGAAUAAACGGCCGAGCGUUAAACAUAACCGGGUGUUUCGAUUUUUGUCGAACAAACAUAUUAUUAGGUAGAUAGGUAGGUAAUAAUAUUAUUUUAACGCGCCGUGUUAUUAUCGCGUAAAUAAAUAAUAUAUUCGACCGUAUCGAGUCUCGUCGUUAUAAUAAUAUUAUCAUAUUGUUCGGCGAAACUUGGCCCCCUUCGACCGCCCGCUUUCCCCGGACCCCCUCCUCCACCUCUCCGCCUCCCGCACACGCGUAUUAUAUGUAUUAUCGUUAUUAUUAUUAUAAUUGUACGACGAUGAGGGGUCGCAAAGUCCCCGGGACUUUCGGCGGUCGCGGAACGGGAUUGCGGGGUUGAGGGGGGGCCGAGGGAGACGCGCCGCGCGUGUGUGGAUUUAGCGCCCCGAUGACAAAUUGCCAAACUCUCCGCACCGUCGUCGUCGUCGAGGGUGCAGCGCCUUAAGUCGGGCCGCCAUCGGCGCCGUAAUGUUCAAAAACAGAUCACGUUUUUCUUCUCAGACCGCCGCCGCCGACCUUAGAGAGGACGUGCGCUUUCUUGCAUUCCAAAUACCGUCCGAAAACCACACGCACUGUGUAUAGUAUACUAGCUGUACAUAAUAGACCGAGAAAGGCGAAAAAAGAUACUCCUCGGAGGUGUUGUAUUUUUUUUUUUAUUUUUUGUUACUCUCGUCUCGCUUUGACUCGAUAAUUUACACCGUAUAAUAUACGCCGAGGGUCUCUCGUACGCGAAUGUAUUAUGUAUAUUUAGGUAUUACGCGAGAGAAUUAUUUAACCGUCUAUUUUUUCUCUUGGUACCGAUUUUUUGCCUUCGCCAGACGUUAUCCUACGCGUAAUAUUCUAUGGAGUAUACCUUACCUUUAAGUCGUGGUUAUAAGUAUACUCAAAUACCACAAAUGCAACGAGUACGCGUUUCCGUCGUAAAGGCGGCCGUUAAAAUGUAGAAAAAUAAUUUAUACAGCUUACGAAACCGGAGUCGAUUCUGACGAUUCCGACCCCCACCCCCCCUCCUCCACCCACCAAUACUAUAGCGUAUCUUCUUCCUCGCAAUGUUCGGGGGGUCUCGAGUUCGUGAAGCCGUGAACGGUAAAACCCUAGAAACUCGUAUUAUAUCAGUAUAUAGGCACGUGGCCCUCGCGUGAUUUUUAACCGGCCAAAACGGCGUCUACGGAGUCUUUUAAUUUGUCCGAGACGGCACCGAUUAAUCGGAUAUUUGAGACGGUUUAAGUCGAAUCGAAACCUCACGAAACAAAAAAACGCCGAUUAUUAAAAAUAAUAAAUUAAUUGAACACUAUAAUAUAACGAUAUAUUACCAAAGUCAGAAUAAAGCUGUUCGAGUGAGAUCUUCGAAGAAAUAAAAAACGUUGUCCAUAGAUAAUCACUCUAUAUAGUGUAUUGAUGAUAUUAAUUUUCGAUCGACCGUAUGAUAUUUUACACCCUCUGUUGGUACUGUUCGUUUCGUUUAAAUACGAAUGCGUGUGUGAUAUCGACUGUCCGAGGUUUUCGUUUUUGGUUUUUAUAUUCUGAGUGGAGCGAAGAAGCUUAUGGUUUUACAAUGAUGUUUAUUUUUUUAUUUCUGUGAACGAUCAUUCUACCAGAAAUUUUGCUCCGAUUAACAAUAAUAGCACUUUUUUCGAAAAUAAAUCUGACUGGGGAGGUACUUGGAAGUUCUCUCAACAAAACGGGAAAAAUCAGGAAAAAACAGGAAAAUUUACGAAAUAUAUAUAUCUUAGGUGCCUACGACGAUACGCAUGGUAUUAGAAUGUUCUAAGUGUAUACGUUUAAUUUUCCGGUACGCGGCAGCGAUUCGAAGUGUUUUUUUUUUCCCGCGCCCGCGUAUACACAAUACACCUGUAUACUGUGUAUACUGUGUAUUGAUUUUCAGACGAAUAUUUGACUCGAAUUACCGACAACGUCCGCGGCACACCGGGCAUAAUUCUCAGGGGGAUUUCGUGGGGUCGGAGUCGUUCGGUCGCCAAAAAGGACGGAUAACAAGGAGUUACAACUUUUUUUUUUUCCCCGGAUCUCUGCAGGUGUAGCGCGCGGAAACAGCGAGGACCCGGUCACUUGGGAGCCAUGUUACGUGUGUAUACAAGGCGGUGCGCGUGUGCAGAGCGUGUGAGGCACGUCGAGUGAAAUAUGGGUAAAGAUAUUUAACGACGCUUUGAACCCGAGGACGUGUUGGUGAAUCGAAUCUGACGGGCGGACACGACGAGAAUUAAGGGAAGGAGAAGGAGUGUGUGAAGGGAGAGAAGGAGAAAAAGCGACUAUGCGGCGGAUCGCGUGUCAAAAGAAUACGGCGACGGAAUAAUAUCGUUUUCGUUGUUUGUUAGCGGUUUUUCGGAUAUCAUUUUAACGCGUCUUUUUCUUUAUACACAUAUAGACGCGUGCAAUAUUAUCGUUUUCGACGUCGUGGAACACAAUAACGAUUCGGUAACAAUAACCGGGGCACGGAAGUCAAGGAAGUGGAUUCGGUGAAUCGCGCGACGUAAAAAUUUAAAACGCACAACGAAUUCAAUCAACGUGCAAAAAAAUAAUAAAUUUGCACGACAAAAUAAACAACAAGUUUUAGCACCGCGGUUGGCGUUUUUUCAUUAUAUUUAACUGGAAAAAAAUUGUUAAAAACAAAUAAAUAAAUAAAUACUAUGUAUUUUCGAUAUUGUCGGGUCAAACGCCUAUACGCACGAUAUGCGGGCAAUAAAUUCGUUAAAUUUUAUAUUCGACAUCAUUUAUAAUACAUCGGUUGAAAAAGGAAAAAAAUCAAUUCUCUCGGAAAAUAUUAAAUGUGCGAUGAAAGUCAACGAACAUCAAUAAAACAUCGUGUUAUAAAAUAUACGUUUUGAAUGUCCGAAUUAUAAACUCUCCGUUGCGCGGAACGGAUUUCUAGUUUGGUCUGAUGUAAACCGAGAGAAUAUACAGAACAAUAAUUAUACGCGACCCUUAUUACUUCCGAGCCCUAACAAUAACGUACUUACGUAUUAUAAUAGCCGUAUAAUAGGGCGUAUACCUAUUAAUCAGUGGACCGCGCCCCCUAUAUAACGAAAUUUACCCGACUAACAAACCAGUCAACAUCCGCGGUAAGCGAAAAAAUACUUUCAGGGUUUAGGUAUACUCACGAUUGCGAAAGUUCUUAACUGAUAAGGCACUGCGACGUUGCCGUUUCGUAAUUAUACAAAUACUGUUAAAUCGCAUUUAAAUAUUUAUCUGUAUUUGUACGAAACGAUUUUUCUUUGCUAACGAAAAACGAUUCUGAUCGUGUUUUUAAAACGUCGUAAUAUUUAUGAUCUGAAAACUAUACAUCAUUCGUAAAUUUCCCCAGUUUUCUCAGUUUACGUUAAUUCCCGCCCUUUCCCGUUUAUUAUAAAAACUUCCGGUAAAAUCACAAAACUACGUCAUUAAAGACCACCCCGGUGGGAUUUACUUUCCCAAAAUGCGCUGUACUUGAAAAUCGGAGCCGAAUUUCUGGUAAAAAAUCGUUCGCAGAAAAAAAAUACACAUCAUUGUAACACUAAUACAUUUCUCGCUCAGCUUAGAUAUCUAUAAAUAUCAAUAAUAAUAACAAGUGUCGUUAUUUAUGCAAACAAUCAUUCAAAAACAUAUAAUGAUGUCGUUAUUAAUAUGCACAAAAACGGUAAAGAUUAAAUGUGAAUCACACCGUUGUUGAUAAAUUAAUAAUAGACUAAGAAGAUAAGUAAUAACAAUAAAUAACUAAGUUAAAUAAUAUUGAGUUUCAUAUUCAAUAUUAUUCAAAAUACACUGAAAUGUAAAUACUUCGCAGGUUAAUAAUGAGAAAAAUAUUUUUUUUUUUUUAGCGAAUUUUUAUUAUGAACAAAAUGCGUAAAAAUACGCCAAAUUCAAUAAAAACCUAUGAAGUAUGCACUUUUUCUCUUAACUUGACGAAAUUUGCAAAAUAUGAAUUUUAAAUGUUUGAUUUUCAAACACUCCGUUGUAUAAAAAUAAUUUCUAGCUUGUCCGCUAUAAAUUCAGUGCAUACAGAAAAAAUAUGCAACUACCCAAUAACUUCCGAGUCCUGGUAUGAUAGCGAAACGCGCGGAAGUAAUGAAAACGGAAUUUCGGUUUUCGUCACAGUUCCGGUAAUCGCUGCGGCAAUCACGGUAGGUGAUUGACGAAGAAAAAAUACCGAUAAAUUUAUCGUUAUCGAAAUUUUUUAUUUAUCAUCUGGUCAACAGGUCUAGCGAAAAACACCGUGCUGGGACGGUGGCGUUACAAGAGAGGAACUGUCCGCUCGUCGGGGUGCCUGGGGCGCCAGUACUUACAUUACCGUGUGUAUAUGGACUUGUUGUAUUCGUAGGUCCGACGACAAUAAUAACGGUCGGCGGUAUCCAGCGGGUUUAUUAUCGAGACGGUAUUUUCGUCGGGGCGAACUCCGCCGCAUUUCGUACUCGUGUGCAUUUUGUUUUUUUUUUCCGAGGGGGAAAGAAAAAAAAAAACCGGGCCGCAGUGCAGAAGAGAAACAUUAUUUCCUCGGCCGCUCGCCCCCGGCGUAGCGACGCGAGCACGUCGUCGUCGUCGUCUUCAGGAGGGCAGGAUAACACGGCGACGGCGAAAGGACGGGGAAGGCACGCGGAGUAAUUGUAUAUAAGUAUAUAUAGUGGGUAGUAAACUGCGGGGACGAGAUUAUUGUAACCAAUUUUUGCGCGAAAACCACAGCCGUAAUUGUUUAUUUUCGUCGUUCUGACCGCCCCGAGUGUCGGGCAAAGUGGGUCUGAUAUUGUCGCGGACGUCUUAAUAUAAAAAUACUCGUCGCACACCGACUCCACCGUCGUAUUUUGUCGUGUUGUUUUUCUUUUCCAUUUUUUUUUUUUUCCGGAGUCCGGAAAUAAGAGACGACGGCCGCGCCCUCUGCGCUCCGCCGUUUUUAGCGCACGGCGCGGCAAAAGUUCGAGCGAAACGGCUUUAAAAAUAAAAUAAUAACAAGGAAACGCGACGACAAAAGAAAAAAAAAAUAUAAAAGAAAAUUAAUAAAGUAAAACGCGCGCGUAAAUAGAAUAAUAAUGCGAUACGAUACUUGUAUAUAUAUAGUUGUCAGUACUACUGUGUUACGGUUUUGUGAUACGGACGAUAUUUUCGUUUAGACAUCGUCGAAAAUCGUUUCGGUCUAUCUGCUGAAUAAUUAAAUUUUAACAUAUCUCUUUUUUUUUUUUGGUCAAUUAAACAAUACCUAUGUUUAAAAAAAACGGCAGAUACCGCUAAAUGGUGUGCAUUGGGGAAGGAAGUUUAAAGGGAGAAUUUAUGUAGUGUUAUUCAACGUAUAAAUCCGUUCGAACAAUGAAUUUCAACCGUUGUUAACGAAAAACGAUUCCGAGCAGAGUGUUUGUCGUAUUUUUCCCCUUGUCGCCUAUAGAUUACGCAAAAAUCAACGAAAAUUUUAGAAAAGUUUGCCAGCUUUACGUCAUCUGUCGAUGAAACUACGAAUAAACUAAAAAAUCGACUCAUCAAUGUGCCAACUAGAUCGAAAAAUCUACGUGAAAGUUUCUAUAAAGUUUAAUGCACGAUUUCCGAUAGUAAACUUAUUUACAAACCUUGAAUAAAAAAAAAAAUGUCGCGAUUUUUCUAAUAUUUAAAGUUACAUAUCCACCAUGUCAUCGGUCCGUGUGCUAUAAAACGAUGGUGGGCGCCGGUAUAAGUUUGUUGUGAAAUUCGAACGGUUAUGAUUUUUCGAUGAAUAAUCACAUUAUUCAUCGUAAAGCUGAUUAAAUUACAUAAUAUAACGACGACGUUUUAUUUCGCCAUAUUACUCGAUGGGAAUUAUCGAAAUUUGUUUAAAAGCAUCGCUUUCGCUGAUGGCUGACGCUCGAGCGCGCCGCAAUAGUUGGCAUCUGUUGUCUAGAAUUAUUUGGACAGUUUAAAUCUAAAAAGUUAUAAUGGGGAAACUUUUUAACGCGCAAACGUGUAUAAGGUCUGAAUUUAAUAUAAAAAUCCCGUGUAAACAUUUUGAAUAAUAAUGUUAUUAUACAUUAUUCAAGACUUACGGGGGAAAAAAAAAAAAUAUUAGGUAGGAACAAUUUUUUUUUCGUAUUUAAUUUGUUCGCGAGUACCUAUUAAUAAUAAAAAAAAAAAAACACCGUUUGUUUUCGAAAUGUACGACAAAAACAUUGCGAUUUAGAUUAUUAUAGUAUAGGUGGGUGUUUAGUCGGCACAUGGAGGCGCGUGGAGGUUGCGAAACGAAUCACAGUACGAGAAAUACGAACUACACAUUACGACGGCCUAAUUCGCAAUAUUAUCGUAGAUAACCACGCAAACGUGAUUUUCCGACUGAAAUGGUUGUGGUAACGGAUCGCUCAAAAAUAUAGUAGAAAAAAAACCGUAUUUUUCGGUGAUACCGCUGAUAAAAAAAUAUAAACAACGAAAUUUUCGCGUUGAAUUAAAAGAAUCCCGCCGGGCUUCCGGAAUAAAACUAGUGCGCUUUCCGGGGUUCAGACGAAUUUUGUGACGAAAUGGUUUUUCGCUUCUCUCGAAACUGAGUUACAGGGGGGGGGGAACACAAAACCUUUUUCCGGGUGACAUCGGCGAUAUUAUUGAAAUCGUUUUUUAUUCUUUCGAACGCGAAAUCGGUGUUUUAAUUUUUUUUUUAUUAUUAUUUAUUGUGUAAAUAUUAUAAAACUGCGAAAACUCCGGACCAUGCCAUUCGAACGGGUCAUAAUACCUUCGCCGCCAGUGGCAUUAAAACGAAUUAAGUCUCGUCGUGCAGCCCUGCGGACGGUUUUUUGUAAUUGAUGCGCAAGGCGAAUUUAUUAUUACCAUUACGGAAUUUCGUUUGACACGCCGUGUAUUUUAUAAUUAGCGACGGAUCGGGUUUCGAUUUUCACGAAACUUAUUCCGCCCUCCGAACACUCGGCGUUUCGUUCGAUUCGAAACCGAUAAUACUCGAAAAAUAUCAUAUUAACACUGAGGCGGUUAUUAUGUUUACCACUGAUAACGCAGUGUCCGAACCCACCCAACUAGUAUCCCUGCUAUAUUAUAACAACGGUCAAAUCUGCAGUUUGGUGCCGAGCGAUUCCGUCGCAAGGACGUUUUACCGUAAUCGUUUCCGCGGUUCAAUUGGGGGGGUGGGGGGAGUUGGGAAAAAAGAUUUCUUUUCAUUUUUCAUAACACCCCCUUUCCACUUUUUGGAAAUCCGACGGUUACCGGGAGCGUGCUAUACGUUUUCCGGUCUCUAUCGCGUUUCAGUGGUAGGAGAGAGGGACGAACCGAAACGAUCCAAUUAAAAUCCGUCGACGCCGCUACAGGCUGUAUACGUAUUAUUAUUAUUAUUAUUAUUAUCAUUAUCAUUAUUGUUAUUAUUAUUAUUAUUGUUAUUAUCACAUUAUCACCGUUAUGCACGUGUAUAAUAUUAUUUCGUCCGUUUUUGUCGCCGUUACACAUAUAAUACGUUAGCGUUGGGUUUUACGGGCCGAUUGGGCCGAUCGAUGAGCCCGAGGAGGGGAGGGGCGAGGAAUGGAUUUCCCGCCGCCAUCGCCUACACUCCCUUAUUCCCCCUUUCAUCCUCCCCCCCCUCGAUCGCUUAUGACGGCCCGGUCGUUAUUGGCGCGCGUAUAUAUACUCUGUUAAAUUACAAUUCAUUCGUUUUUCCGUGUAACCGUAUAAUAUAACUACGUAACUGCACUCGGCACUCGACGGCACGACCGAGAGAGGGAAGGGCCUCCUGAUGUUCGAAUAUUUCCCCGCGGAGGAGUAAAUCGUCAGCGGCGUGGAGACUGCGAGUGUUCCUUUACCGCCGCCGCCCGCCGGGGAACGCCGGCCGUCCUCCAAAUGGCUAGAAACGACGGGCGACCCGUACAUUCCGUAAACGGCGUACUUACACGGUGUUUUAUACAGGAUGUGCCGCCCGUAUCUGACAAACGCGACGACUGUUUCUCCACUCCCCUCCCCUCUGUUCGUGAUUUUCGAGUUGUUCUCAUUUCGAAAUACUUUAUGUAAUUACAUAAAGUCCAGUGUAUUAUAAUAAUACACAGGACGAAAAUCGUGACGCACUACUUUAGUAAUAUUGUUAUUAAGAUGAAAAAAAAAAAAACAUUGAAAAUAUCGAACAGAAUAACAGUCGUCGCGUUCGUCGUUAGACAUCCGUGAGACACCCUGUAUAUUAUACAACACUGCGCGUAUUGGUAUUUUCUCAGCUUUCCCGCGAAAGUCGUCGUGACGGUCUUCUCUCCGCGACGGGAUCGGUCGAAAUUGCCUUAUUUAAUGACGUGUCCGAUCCGCCCAGCCGCCACACUAAUGACGUUCCACACCGCUCCCCACUCGUAUUCGCGAAACUACGAAUUUAAAAGACGAAUGUCUCGUCCACGGAAAUCACAUAUUUCAGCACGAAAAUAAAAUAUUUAAACUAAAAUUCAAUCUGCGUACGAAUGUUUGAUUGCAGUUCUGAGCCGCUUGUAGACUAAAAUCACGUUAGAAAAAUGCAUUUUGUGUUUCCUCCUUAUUGUACGGGAAAUUACACGCGAAUCAUAACUGCUUAUACUCCAUAGUUUAAACUUUGCGCCUGUCGGUAUUACAAUAUCCGACGAAUAUAAUAAUCAUUGUGAUCGUUUGAAAUGCGUGAUUUUCGUUUCAAACGAUCAGUGUUUAGAAGUGUUUAGAUAUAGAUUUAUGCGACUAAGGGGGGUUGGGAGAGAAAAGUCUCCAUAACUUGAAAAAAAUCCUAGUUACGCCUGUGGCGCGAGGCUGUGCGUAAAAAAAAACAGCUAAUAUUUCUAAUACGGUUAAGUCCUAAAGACGCGUUCCGACGAACACCAUUUCGGGGAGUUUUCAUCAGCGAUUUUGUGGUUUUCAACUGAUUUCGGGUUUUUAUUGCAAAUAUAAUAUCGUAUUAUGCGUGUAAUAAUGUAUAUUGUAUAUAACGGUCAGGACCGCGCGACCCUACGAGUACUACUGCUACACGUUGUCGCGAUGUACACGACCGAAAUAACUAGACAUUUCCAUUAGAGUGUGGUUAUGUUGUGAAAAAAAAAAAAAUAAAUAAUAAUAAUAUGUAUACAUUUAUACGUAUAUAUUAUAUACACGUACGAGGAGUACAAUGACAUUUUCAAAUGAAUUUAUAUAUAUUAUAUUAUAAGAGGGAUUAGUCUAGACCCCGGACCGUAGUUUUGGCGAUACACCGCGCAUUAUAUUAUUUAGAGUGUUUUGGCGGUGUUCGAAACUUUGGUGAAAAAAUUAAAAAAAAAAAAAAAAAACUUCACUCGUAUAUAAUAAUAAUACGUGUAAUACUACGCGCGUAUUGUACUCUCGGUUAAUUGAAUACGAAUAAAAAGUUUUUUUUCCCAUAGUCGUCAAAAAUCAAUUUCGAGGCCAUAUCGUAAUAACGUUGAAAACACUGUAUGUUUUUAUUUAUUAUUUUUUUUCUACUUGUCCACGUGGAAUUUCUCGAUUAGAAACCGUCGUUGGACAUUCGUCUGGGUACUCGGCGGGGAUAAUCGGAGUAUUUUCCGAGUCUCUAAGUCUCUUAUCGGACGAACGUUUUCGUCGUAUAAAUUUAUCGAUCCUAAAUAAUGUAUACGCGUAUACGGCCAUAACAAUAUUACCCGUUGUACGACACGACAAAUCUGCCAUCCGACUAUUUUUACGACCGUAUAUUAUGUACUCUUAUGAUUAUAUCAUAUAAUAUAAUGAAAUUUGUUAUAGUGAUGUUUGUGGACAGGUUUCAUAAAAAAAAAAAAAAAAAAACACGAAUCAAUAAUCACACCGCACAUAAUAUUAUAUUACCGCGUUGUCGCGUACAUACGUCGAUUAUAAACAUUACUAUACGCGUACAUUACAAUAUAUAUUUGCCCGACGACGACCUAAAUUUCCGAAGGGGAGGAAUAAAAAAAUCGAAUUGCCCCGUCUUGCAGCGGUCCGGGAUUACCGCGCGUAUGCAUACUGGUCUCGACCCCGUCGUUUGUCGCCGUCUGCGCGAGUUUAGGGCCAAAUUGCGAUACGCCGCCAUCACCACUUGCCCACCCGGCGGACGGUACAGCAGCAACAGCACUACAGCACAUACUGCAUUGUGCAUUAUGCAUAAUAUAAUAAAAUAAUAAUAAUAUGUCCGUCGCGUUUCUGCGGUACGAAUGCAUCAGAAUAUAUUUCAUAAACUUCCGAGUUCGUAUUACACGUUAUAAGUGCAUAAUAUGCAUUGUGUAUAAUAUCGAAACCCGCUUCUGCUUUUUUUUUUUUUUCCGACUAUACGAUCGAUGAUGUCUUCGUCACGUUUACAAAUGUUGCGGGAUGUCCGACGUUCGAAUGAUCGAAAAUCCGUCGGUUAAACGCGUACGGAGAUUACACUGUGUUAGUGCGAUUUUCAACAAACCAAUAUUAAGCGUUACAAUAUUAAAAGUAUUUGAAAUUGAUCAAAACAAAUUAAAUACGAAAAACGAGUAAACGGGCGAAAUUCGUUUAUUGUAGUAAAAUGUUACAAUAUCUAUAAGUAUCGUUUCUGAAACGGGAGUCUUUCUUCCUUUUUACCUAACCAAAAUCAAUAAUGACGAAAUUAAUAAUAUUUCACUCUUAUUCCGACGAAUUAGGAGGAUCAAAGUUGGGGCGCACUCGUUCGCUCUCGCAUGUGCUCGAAUUCACAACGGUGAAAUUUUAAAAUCUCCCCCACAUCCUCCCGCCGUCCGUUCCUGGAUCCUUCCCCUCCCGGUACAAUAAUCUAUCUUUAUGUUUAAGAAUCAGAACCGAACGUUGAACUUUGAACGCGAUUUCUUUCGCACGGAUCAACCAUAUAGUAUUGUAGCUGUACGAUAAAAUAACGGUACCGCGUCUUUCAUUAUUAUCGUCGUGUAAAGCGGGGAGAUGACGGUGCACGCAAAAGCCGGAAUAAGUAAAAAACGAUUUUCGGUUUUCUACAUACGCGCGCGCAUUAUUAUUAUUCUCUUUUGUAUUAUUAUUAUUAUUGUGUUUACGCACUUAAACACACACACACACACACACACACACACACGUAUUAUAUUAUGUACUUAUUAUUAUUUCCGUUUUUGUUCGGUUGCAGGCGAAAAGCCGUACAAAUGCGAAUGGAUCGGCUGCGGCUGGAGCUUUGCCCGGUCCGACGAGCUGACCCGCCAUUACCGCAAGCACACUGGCGCCAAACCGUUCAAGUGUCGCCACUGCGAACGAUGUUUCUCCAGGUCCGACCAUUUGGCUCUGCACAAGAAACGGCACUUCACUUAAAUACACUCCCGGGCGCGCGCGCACGCACAAACAAACACACACACAUACACAUAAACACGCACACAAACACUCACACACACACGCACACGCACACACACACGUGCGUAAUAAUAUAACAGAGACGAGAAAAAAACACGCGCACACAAUUAUAAUACCAACCUACUCAAUUACAAUAUUAUAUAAAUAUACAGUCUUACCACCGUCGUUGUCAACGUCACAUAUGUAAGAUCCCCCCCCACCUCACCCUCGGACAAUAAUGUAACGGUCUCUCGGCGAAAAUUUGAAAAAAAUAUGUAUCAAGCGCGCACGUACAAACACACACACACACAAACACACACACACACACACACAUACACACAACAUACACGCCAAUACAAAGUAUAAUAAUAUGAUAUAGUGUAGGUUUUCGAGAGAGAAAAAAAAAAUCGGUGGUAAUUUUUUUUUUUUUCGCAUUAUUGAUUUAAAUUAUUAUUAGUUAUUAAUACGUUUAUACAUAUUUUGUUACCAUGUAAUACGCGCGUAUAAUAUUAUAAUAUACAAAUUUAAGUAUUUCGCGCGUAUACGAUAUGUGUAUAUAUUAUUUUAUAAUUUAUUAACAAUAUUAUAUUAUAUACAAAAACGAUAUACCAAAGCAUGAAAUGAAAAAAGUUAAAAAAAAAAAAAAAAAAAAAUAUGGAAAAAUUAACAUAAUUUUUAAAUAACUUAUUACAUUAUAAUAUUACCUAUAUAUAAGUGUAAAUAAUAAUCGAUUCGAAACGUAAUUCAUUACAAUAAAAUUAUUAAAUUUUAAAAAGAUUUUUGAAAACGUUACGAUUUAAGAGGCAAAAUGAAAAAAAAAAAUAAAUAAAAAAAAAAAAAAUUAAAAUAAAAUUUAACACGAUAUUAUAAUAUUAUCAUAGGUAAAUUUCAUACAGUAAAUAAAUUAUAAAUAUUGCCCGCCUAUUGUAAUAACAAUGCUAUCACGAUCUUUAGCGGGUGUACAUAAUAUCAUAUUUUAAAAAUAUAAACGUAUACAUGAAUAAUUGUUUAACAUUUGAUUAUCGUCCGUCGCAACGGUACAAUAGCGUUAUGCGUUCUCGGCGGUCUCUUAUCAACGUCAUUAUUAUUGUAUCGCCGUCGUAACGGCGGUUAUGAUAACCGUUUAUUGACUAUAAUAAUAAUGAUAUUAAUAAUAUAAUGCGCGCCCGCUCGCGUGUAUGUAUGCGCGUGCAAAACGACUCCGGAGCCUAAUGAUCAAAAUCGUUAAAAUCCCAUGGCGCUCGCGAAAUCGCUUAUUGUGCACCGCGCGCAGUGCACACACGGCGCGCACCCAGCGUACCCAAAAUAUGUAUUUAUGUAACAAUAUCAAUAUUAAUAAUAUUAGUGUCCCUGUGUAUGGGGGGGGGGGCGAUAAUAUUAUUACGAUACACUGAUCCCGUUUUAUGUAUUACAAUAAUUAUCUGUAACGCAAGCCGAAAAUAGCAUUUUCUCUAUAAUAACGCGUAACGAAGUGAUCGGGGGAAACCGUGAUGGGUUCGCGAUGUUCGAAUAAAAAAAAAAUUUUAAAAAAAUUACGUUUUUUUUUUUUUUUUUUUAUCGCCGCCGUAAUAACUGAUUAACGUUAUUACGUACUCGGGUCUUAUAAUUGUAUAAGAACGGUAUAAUAUUGUUGUUAAAACAAUAUAUAUGUGCGGUAAAAAAAUAAUGAUAAAAAAUUGUAAAUUUUAGGUGUUUUUUUCUGAUGUAAAUAGUGAUUGAAAAAAAAAAAAAAAAAUUAACGAUAAUAAUAUUAUAAUAUAAAUUAAACGAAAUAUUAUGAAAAAUUGAUAAACGAUAUAUUAUUAUAUUAUUAAAAAUUUAAUAGGCGUAAAUUUUUUACUAGGUCAAUGUAUUAUUCUAAACUUAUAAUAACGGACAUUUUUAUAUAGAACUGAUUUAGUAGAUCCCGUAAUAUUAAUUAUUAUCGUAUUGUGCAUAGUCAAAUAUUAUAUUUAUAAGGCAUCCCACCCCACCUGACUCCGCCGUCGUCGUCGGUUCUGACGUUUGUUUUUUUUUUUUUUUUUUUUUUUUUUUUGUUUUCUUGUUCUUGGCUUUUCUAGAUUUUAUAUUUUUUAGCGAGAAAUCCCAAACCGUAUUUCGAUAUUAACCGCUGUUGAUUUUUAUUUCAUUUCCGUUUACCGUUUUAAUUCCGACAUAUUUUCGUGUCAUCGUGUUUUCGACCAAUAUUUUUUAACAUAUUAUAACGAUUUAUUAUAUUAUUAUAUUUCUAUAUUAUAUCUAUUAAACUAAAUACUAUAUUAUUACCUAUAUUAUUAAUAUUAUUAUACUAUUGAAAUCGUUUCGUUUUUUGCAUUGUUCAUUGUUUUUUUUUUUUUUUUUUUUUUUUUUUUGUUUUUUCGUAAUUUUCUAUUACAAUAAUACGAAUAUUAUAGACCCGUAUAGUUGACGUCCCGUGGUCCCGGCCAGUUGGACUGCCCAAAACCUUAACGAUAAAAACCAGAUAACAUUAGCGAAAAGCGAUGUCCGGGAAGAAAAAGACGCGACGUUUUCCGCGGUUUUUUCCACGGGGAAAAAAAAACCCCCCGUCCGUAAACAAUAUCAUCGAAACGACGGGAUUUUCGCGCGGUGAACAGUACCGAACGGUUGACGGGUCUAUGAUAACGUAGGUUUAUGCGUCCCAUCGUACGACUAUAUCGAAAUAUCAGUAUAAUGCACAGUGUAAUAUAGUCAAAUGUUUCGAUACAAUACUCGAUGGCGAUAAUAAUAUUAAUAAUAACGAAAUGAUUUGGCACUCCGGACGGCGUUAUAUUUACACUUGUUCCGUGAAAAGUGCGUCUUAAUACUAAUGCUCGUACCCGUUCGCUGCAGCAGGGACACUGCCAAACGAAAAUAAUACCGACCGGGUGCGUUUGUCCUCCGAUAUGGCUCGUCUCGAGUAUGAUAUAAUGUCGUAAUAUACUUAAUAUCCGGUGUUCGAAACUUAUAUAAUAGUAAUAAAAAAAAAAAAAAAAAUAAAAAAAAAUAAAUAAAAUAUUACCUUUAUUUAGAGAGGAAAUAAAAAAAAAAAGUGUGGCGUUAUUAUUGUUUUUCCCCGCCCCGUUCUUUAUUAAAUCUAUAAUAUCUAUAAAAAUACACUUAUUUAUUUAAUAGUUUUAAAAUUUUAUUAUUUAUUGUUUUAUUAAAUCACUAUAAAAACCCGUGCGAACCGUUUACUAAAAUUUUAUUCGUACUAUAUACCUGUAAUAUCUUAAUAUUAAUAUAUAUAUACAUACAUUAUAACACAAUAUAACGCUUGUGUAAUAUAAUACGUGUAAUUAAAAACUAUCAUUGUUAUAAUAAUAUUAUUAUUAUAUAAAAAUGAAUAACAUAAAAAUAUCCACAUAAUCUACCAUUAUAUAAUAAAAUUAUCAUUCUUAUUAUUAUUCAUAUUAUUCAUAUUCAUAUUAUUAUUAUUAUUAUUAUUAUUAUAAUUUUUAUCUUUAUUGAUUUUAUUGUUUAUUAUUGCCUACAUAUAUAUACAUGAUAUUAUCGUAAUAUUAUAGUCCGCACUUUUAGGGCCGAUAUUAUUAUCAUUAUUAUUAUUAUUAUUAUUAUUUUGUUGCCUAUAUUUAAGACGAAAAGUCACAAUAAACUGUACAUUUUAGACAUUUUUUUUUUUCUUGUUUUUUUUUUUUCUUUCGUUAUUGUUAUUAGACUAUACAAAUUGUGUGUUUUACUGCUAUUAUAUAUUAUAAUAUUAUAUUAUUAUCAUUAUUAUUAUUAUCAUUAUUAUUAUUAUUAUUAUAAUUAUUAUUAUUGUUAGGCUAAUGCUUAGAAAAAAAAAAAAACUAAAUACUUACCAAUAAUAUUUAUAUAGUUAAUUGCGAUUGUUUAUAUAGGACUUUUUUUUUUUUUUGUUUUGUUUUGUUUUUUUCUUUUUUUAAUUGUAUAAUUACUUCUUAUGAAUAAUCGUCAUAAUAAAUUAUUAUAAUACGAGAUGUUUUUUUACACAGCCUACUUUGAAAAUAAUGUACCUCUUAUAAACUUUAUAAAGAAAAAAGAACCCGAAAAUUUACCACAUUUCCCUGUUCACAAAACAACCCCACACCCCGUUCAUCAUAUCACAAUGGGAUCACCGCCGAAGUGAACUUUUAUCGACAAAAUAUACACAUAAAAAAAAUGUACGCAGAGGAAUAUCGGAAAUUUUCCCUUUUGUCGUAACCGCGUACCCAUAUGAGUUCUGCUGAGACUUAUCAAAAAAAAAAAAAAAAAACAUUACUAUAUAAUUGUAUACAGGUAAAACGCUAUUCAAUUAUCGUCACUAUACAUAUAAAAAUCGGUCUUACAAACUUCUUUUCUAUUAAGUAUCGGAUUUGUUAUCAAAUUGUUUAUCGCCACAUUAUGCCAACCCCGCGAACCGACCAUAAUUUCACUAUCGCGAUGCCUACCAAACACUUGUGCGAUUAUAAAAGACUCGUUUAUUUUUUUCCGACUUUAUCUAUUGAAAACAAUCGGUUUUUUAUACAAAAUCACACACACGCGGGCGCGUGGAAUAUAAAAUAAUAUUUUAGGUUAGAAUAAAUUAUACUUUUUCUUCUCUUUAUUUUUUUUUUUUUUUUUACCUUUGCAUCGCACUUCGUAAUAUCGUAGCGUCAGAAAAGUCACCGGCCGUCACACUAGAACCGUUUGUACGGCGGCGACAGCUUGCGUUCGACUCGCAGUGGCAACGCCGACGAUCACGCCGUACUUACGCUAUUUAUUAUUAUUAUUAUUAUUAUUAUUAUCAUCUUCAUAUAAAUAUAAUAUACAGGGUAUAUUCGCCACGGGAUUAAACAGUUUUUUUUUUUAACAAUUAUUAUUACAAUAUGUGUAUAGGAAAUUGUUAAAUCAUUACAUACACCCCGUAGGUAUAUGCGCGUAUCGAUCGCCUAUUAGUGUAGGUAUAUACCCUGUGAACGCCGCGUACGCGUCCAUGCCAAAUUUUUUUACAUACGAACACAUUAUAUGUAUAUUUGUUGUUUUUUUUUUCGUAUAGACCGAAUUCGCUAUAAAACGCAAAGUGUAAAGGCGGCGAAAGCUCUCGGAAUGCCAAAAUGGUACGACGCAAAAAUAUUACAAACUUAUAAUAAUAUAACCUAUAAAUACGUUUUUUUUGUAAUAAUAAUAAUAAUAAUAAUAAUAAUAGUAAUACGUGAGCAGCGAAAACGGAUUUCGAAAAGUCUUUCCCCGAUCCCCUCUCUCCCCCCCCCCCCCCCCUCCCGCCGUACGUUAUACGACGAGUAUAAUAUGUUCCCCCGUCUGACCCCCGCCCAACCCAAAAAAAAAAUUCCCCCGCCCCUUUUUUUUUUAACCCUCUGUAAAAUUCGUACAAAAUAAUAAGAGUAUUAUUAGUAUUUUAAGAUGGAAAAAAAAAAAAAAAAUAAAAAAUAUUUGUUUCAAACUAUUAUUAUAUAUUAUAUUACGAUGAUAUAAUAAUACACAGCGCGUAUAUUUACGUGUUAUGUACGAUAACGUUCGUUUUUGUUUUUGUUUUUUUUUUUUUUUUUUUUUUUUAUUUGUUUAUCGAAAUAGCGUUUGACAUAAUAAUAUAUUAUUAUAUAUAAUAUUGUUUUACGUCAUUUAAAAUAUUAUUAUUAUUAUUAUUAUCUGUAUACAUGUAUUAUAUUAUUAUAUUUAUACAUACAAAUAAUAGCAUAAUCAUAUUAUUAAUAUUAUACUCGUUUAUUAUUAUUAUAUUUUUUUUUUCCUGGCUUAAAACUUUGUACAUUUUAAGAUUUUAUUAUUAUUAUUAUUAUUAUUAUUAUUAUUAUUAUUGUGACGAAAUAAAAUUACGUUGAAUUUGAUCCUCGUCAAAC